AUGGCGUCGCAGCAAGUAGCGCUCAAGAUCGCAUUCGGUGGGGACAUCCACCGCACUCGCGUCGAGCUGCGCUGCCUCUCGCUGGCUGAGCUCACGCAGCUUAUGGCGCAGACUUUUCGUCUGCCUGUGGGCGACUUCGUGGUGCAGUACCGCGACCCCGAGGGUGACAGUGUCAAUGUGACGACGGACGCCGAGUUCCAGGAGGCCCUACGCGUUUUCCUAAGCUCCUCUGAGCCUCUACAUUCGCUUAAAUUCUCGGCUGCUACACGACGUCAAACGGAAAAGGACAACGCUGAGUCGCCCAAGACGGCGGCCGGCGUCUUCUCCAGCUUUGCCCAGGGUCUGGUAGGCCAGAUUAACCACUUUAUCCCAGAAAAAAAGACCGGAGAGGCAACAGCCGCACCCUUCGCCGCACCCGUGUCUGCACCUGAGCCGGAGCAGAAAUUAUCGGCCCAAAACCCGCAAGUAGUCACCCUGCUGCCCGCACCAGUGGGGGCAGCCUCGCCUGCUCAGGAGACGGAGGAAACGCCGUCAAUCGCAUCGUCAGUGGCCUUCUCCGAGGCCGAGGUCAAGUGGGCCGAGCAGCUCUCCAUUGUGAGUGGCAUCUUUCCGAACACCAGCCCGGCGCGCGUCAUCAAUAUUCUGGAGAAGAGCGACGGCAACCUCAACGUGGUACUUAAUGUCCUAACGGAGGAGACAUAAGAAGCCGACGAGGAGCUUGGCACCACGAUCGUUUGGGAGCUGCUUCGGAAGAGAGGGUGUAAUACGGAGACUCUGGUAGGAGGUGGGGGGGGCAUUGAAAGAAGGCACGCAGCAAGCGACAACAGCGAGCAAUCU